CCGGCGGCUGGCGACGAGGAUGGGAGUGCGGGGCAAGCGCGCGGCGCCCUGGGUCACGGCCGCGGCGGAGUCUGCCGGGCGCUAAGCCAGCGCCCGGCGCUUUUAAAGCCGGGAUCCCGGCGAGCUCCAGGCGCGGGCGGCGGCCGGAUGGAGAGGAAGGCGGCCCGAGCCUCGGGGAACCCUAACCCGCCCGCGCUGGGCGAGGGGCCGCGGUCCGUGCCACCGUCGUGCGUCCCGGGCGGCGGAGGGGCCCCGGAGCGAGGCCAGGCUGGGGCGGCGGCCGAGCCCGCCGAGCUCAUCCGGCGGGCGCAUGAGUUCAAGAGCCAAGGGGCGCAGUGCUACAAGGACAAGAAAUUCCGCGAAGCCAUCGGCAAAUACCACCGGGCGUUGCUGGAGCUGAAGGGGCUGCUGCCACCUCCAGGGGAGCGGGAACGGGACGCGCGGCCAGCUUCCCCGGCCGGAGUCCCCAAACCCAGCCAUCUCUCGGAGGAACAGAGCAAGACGAUUGAAGCCAUCGAGGUCGACUGCUACAACAGCCUGGCAGCCUGCCUGCUCCAGGCCGAGCUGGUAAAUUAUGAGCGAGUCAAGGAGUAUUGCCUCAAGGUCCUAAAGAAAGAAGGAGAGAACUUCAAGGCCCUUUACAGGUCUGGCGUGGCCUUCUAUCAUCUCGGGGACUACGACAAAGCUCUCUACUACCUGAAAGAAGCAAGGACCCGACAACCAACAGACACCAAUGUGGUUCGGUACAUCCAGCUGACGGAGAUGAAGCUCAGCAGAUGUUCCCACAGGGAGAAAGAAGCCAUGUAGCCAAGAGCCCUCUAUCAAGCCACACCCAUGCCUGACGAGGGACUUCCAGGCACCCUUGGUGGAGAGUCCCCGUGUGGGUUCUCUCCCUCUCCCCAGUUCCUCCUGUAUUCCUUGUCCUUCCUGUUGCUCCCUGACUCUGUCUACUCCCAGUGCGAGGUGAGAGGCACUCUUGGACCUUGACGGGUGGCCCAGAUGUGGACUUAAUUCUCUUUUCCAGCAGACCAGCAAACGGGACAGCUGGGGAGGAGUCUCAUGGACUGGGGACAGCACUGUGGCUUUGACUUGGGCCAAUGUUUCGGAGCCUGGCAGGUGUGCAGAGCCAACGGUCUGGAACCUUCUACACCUUCUUGAUGAACCAGAGCAUCUUGAGGAAACUGAAAGAAACCUGGGGCUGAUGAAUGGGAGAAGCCUUUUUGAACCAAGGCUGAGAUUGUGAAUUCCCUACCCCCCCCCUCCUCCCACCAGUCACCUGGGCUCCUGCCACACACACUCUUACUUGUCUAGGCUUGUACUUUCUUCUCUCGCUCUGGGAGGUCAGUUCUUUGCCAGGCAGGCUUCACAUGCCAUCAAGUCCCACUCUCGGUGCCCUCUGGUGACCACACAUACCAUUCCCCUGCCUCCCAGCCAGCAGGCAGCUGUGACAGCAGAAGGGCGGGGUGCAAUGGGCCAAAUGUUGGGAGCAGAGCAGACUGCGUAGGUGACAGAGGAGGGAAAGAUGGCGCCACGGGAAGAAUGAGCCUUGGGUGGGCUGAGGGCCUGGACUGACUAAUGUAAAUAAAUCUAGCUCCCAGGCAUCAGUUCCUGUCCUUUCUGUUGAGAGCAGCCCACUCCCUCAUUUCCUUUCCCUUCCCGUCCCUCAGGCAGAGUGGCCUACAACUUCCCCUAAAGCCAGUGACCGUUAGCCAGGACUAACCUUCAUGGUGGCCACAGGCUUUUGUGCUUUGAGGAGUCGGCUGGGAUGGUGGAGGGUGCCCCAGGAUUUGGCUUUGUGAGGAUUUGUCCAGCCCCCCCCCCCUUUUUUUGACAGAAUUGCCUGAACUCAAUAUCUAGCACAUCACAAAUUUUUGUUGAAUGGAUAAAUCUCGACUGCAGACUGACUCUCCUGCCUUAAACUGACCGGAUCCCAGCCUGUUUCUCCUGACAUGUAUGCUUUUUAUGCUAUGCCAUGUUGAAACAUCUCUUGGGGGGGGGCUUGCAGUUUCCCCACCACAGUGCAAUAUAGGACGCAGUCCCAGUCUUCACGGAGAUAGGACAGCUGAGAAAUCCAUAUGAGACUAUUACCAAUGACAUCACUAAUGUAUAGGACGCUUCAACAUUUCCAAGGCACUUUCAUGACUUUUUUCGUGUGACUUAGUGAGACACUGUUGUAUAAAAUUAAAAUAUCUACAGAUGCAAUAAUGUUAAUAGUUAGGAUUUAUUAAAUGCUCUGUCUUCAGAUCUCUACAUGGACAAUCUCAUUUCUUUCAUAUAAUCGCUUUGUGAGAUACUAUUCCCAGGUGAUGAAGAAGAAAACAGCCAGAAAAAUGAACGUUCUUGAGGUUGCAUGGCCUUACGGGACAUGACUAGGACUGAAUCAGAUCUGUCUGACUCCAGAGCUCUUGUGACUAACAACCAUCCUGUGCUUAGCUGCCUCUCUGUUGGACAGGAACAACUGUUUGAGUAGAAAAAUAUUUGCAUUAACUUAGGGAAUGUUCAACGCAGUGCCCUGCCCACCUUAUAUUUAUGAAUGCAACAUAAAAAAGAGACCAGAAACCAGAAGCCCCAGUGGCUUGAACAGUGACCAGCCAGGAGAAGACAAUUAAGACCCAACAGUAAAUCUGUGUGUCGGUUGCUCUAUUUGCUGAUGGGCGGCAUGAAUUGGAACAACCCACCUGGCCUUCCUCACUGUGUGGCCAGCAGCGAGAAAGGAUCACAAUUAUAGGCAAAGACAAGAGAGAAACAUGAAGUGAGUUAUGAGUCACUAGUUUAGUAGCUUUGCCACCGCAAGACCCAGUCACUGCUGAAGGGCCCAGCAGCCAACAGCACAGGUUUUAUCCAUACAGCUCCCUAAACACCUUCAAUGGGGGCUGCAGGAAGGUGCUAGAAAUAUCCAGAAGUCCACAGUGAUUCUGGAGAAGAAGAAAAGGAAAAAGCCAUUCCAGGUACCACAUUCCCUUCUUCUCUUCCCUGAUUUUGACCGUAUCUUGUAUUCUUCCUCCAAAAUGACUUCACAUGACCCCAACUCCAAACUCCUCUCAGACCUGGCAUAUGCCUAUGCCCAUCCCCUCCACCCCCAAUGCCAUCCCCAGGCUCAGGAUUUAUAAGUUGACAAACUAUUAGGAUCUGAAGGACAAGAAUGAGGUCAAAGGUGAUCUACAGAAUGAGUUCAAGCUGGCAGGCUUCCCCUUUGUUCUUCAAUGCAGUAGAAAUGAUUUAUAUACUUAUUCCCAACAAAGGGUCAGCAUGAGAGAAGUCUUGCUUGGAUGUUUUGGGUCAGAACUAUACUCACAGGGAUCACUCCCAAAGAGAAUGCUUGGAAAACACAAGGAGAUGAGGACAAGUGUAUAGCCAUUGUCUUAUCCAGUGACUCAGAGAAAUAGGCUCACAGGAACUCUAUUCACUGUGAUGCUCCCGACAAGGAACUGCCUGGGGUAUUAGUUAACCCUAAGGGGUGGCAGGGUUGACGUUUCUACUCAUUUGUUGGCAAAGUCUUCAGAGGGCUGCGUAAUCUCCCUUUUCCCCCAGCUCCUAAAAUCAAUGACUGUACUCUAAUUACAGACUUGAUGGGUGUCUUGGUUGAACUUGUGUAGACAGCACUUGUCCUGGGUCGGACUGCACUGUGUGGACUUUUGUGAGAGACCCCGCGGCAUAAAACUUAAGACUUUUCUUUGCACUACGAAACCGUCCCAUAUGUAUUGUAAAACAUUUAAGGAAAGUUAAGGAUGAAGCUCAGCCCCUCACACAACCACAUUUUUAUCCUUUCGGCACAUUUUUUUUUUCAUUUUUCUUGGUAUAAAUGUGUGCACACACUCUCACUGAUUUUUGUUUGUUUUUUAAUGAAGAAAACUGGACCAUGCUGUAUAUAGUCUUUAAUAACUUACUUUUCAAAUGUGUAUUUAUAUUUUAGAAUAUGCAAUAUAUGCACAGGUAUACAAAAUUCAAAUAGUACAUGAACUCUGUAGUUGGAGGUAAAUUUUUCCCUUGUCUGUGCACAGCUAGUUUCCUUCUGGUUUCUUGUGUACCCCACUAGAAAUAAGUGCUUUUUCAAAGAUAUGUAUAUAUGUUCUUUUAUUACUCACAAGUGGUUAGCAUAGCAGAUACUGUUUCCUCUGUUGCUUUAUUUCUGUAACACAACAUGGGCGUUUUUGGAUUUUUUUUUUCUGCUAACAUCUUCAUGAUAUGGGUGGAUCUUUAUUUUGUAACGUGUCUACAGAUAUGGAUGAGUGGUCCCAAUCUUUAUUGUAAAUAAUGUUGUAACCGACAUUCUUGUCGCUAAAUUUUGCACAUGUCUGUGACGAGUUCCUUGGGAUAUAAUCCAAGAAGGAAACUGCUUGGCCGUUUUCAAGGAUUUUGUCAGCAAUGCCCUGUGGAAAGUUUGUAGCAAAAACACUGUCCUGUUGCAGCCCCCAGACUGCCCUGCUCUCUGGGCCCUAGCAAGCACCACACUAGGUAUUAUCUCUUUUGACGAUUUGAUAGGCAAAUGACAAUUUGUUGAUGGUAUUCCAACUUAUUGCUUUAACUUUCUUUGGUUACUGGUAAACAACUUUUUCAUAUGCUUACUGACCUUGUGAACUUUCUAUUUAUUUGAUAGUGAUGUAUCCGUCAUUAUCUGUGUUUAUCUUUAUUAUCUGUUUGUAACUUUAAGAAUAUUAUUUUCAUCAAGAAAUGCUACGGACAUGCUUUCCAAGUGCUUUGCUUUCAUUUAUGGUGCUUUUUGACAUACAUAAAUUCCUAAUUCUGCAAUUAAUCUGUCCUAUGUUGCUAGCUUUUCCCGCCCAUGUCUUAGACCCUCGUGUCUAAGAGGCAACCCAAGCAGGUGCUUCCACAGCUUCAAGAUACAUCGUCACUUCUCAUCGCUCCUUGACAUAACGCGCCAGGUCUUUCCUGUACCUUCCUCUACCUUCAGCAGGCUCACUCUGGCCCUCUGAAAGUAUCCUCCGGUCCAUAGUCAUGUCACUGAGCCACUGAGCUGGGUCUGUGCAGCUUUGCAUUCUGGGCCCUGUGCCUUGUGGGACAUUCCUCACACUUCACCCUGUCUUUGCCUUGUAACCUCUUUGAAGCGCUGACCCAGGGUCACUCACUAGUGUAUGUUCAGAAAGCAAAGCCUCCCUACCUCUGUGCGGUGUCUGCCACCACUGGUCAGAAUGUCCUCUUUACAGUCACCUCUCUCCUUGCCUGGGUGUUUGUUCCCCAAAGCAGAUGCUCGGAUUUCUUUGGAGUCAGAAUGUCUGACAUUGUAGGUGUUCAGAAGCUGCAGAGCUCAGGACCUGUGGUGGAUGAGCAGUGGAUUCGGCGGCCGAUAUUGCUUGUGGUAUAAGGCAGGGCUGGACUAGAUCUGUGCUUUUGAGAAAUGAGAACUUCCUGGAAGACUUGGGCUGGCAAGGAAGCCGUGCGCUCCAACCCUUGCUUUCCCAAACACCGUAAUCACUUAAGCUUUUUAAAAGUACAGGCUCUUGGGUUCCACUUCAGACCCGCUGGGUCAGAAUUACAGAAUUAAUGCCCAUGGCAUUAGAGUGUUUACAAAGUUCUGAUGACCAGGCACAGUAAAGGGCCAGCACUGAAAAAGGCCAGCAGAGUCGUUCCAUCGCUUCAAACCACGUGACAUCUUACAGGGGACAGGUGAAGCUUUAUCACAGGUAGUUACUUAACUUUCUGGCUCUCAUUUUCCUAGCUCACAUAGAAGGGUAUUGUGGGGAUUAGGAAACUGGCUCCCAGCUAGUGUCCGCAACAGAGUGAGCACAGAAUAAACUACCAUUCCCUUCCCACCCUCUUCAGCCUCAGUUUUCCUCAUUCAUAGUGUGACGGCACCUCUAUGCCUGCCCUCGUUAAUCUUACACUCGGCACUCUUGUGUAAGUCUGGCCAAACAGGCUAAGUUCUUGGGAGGGGUGGUAGGAAACAGAGCAAGCCCCAUAUGGAGUCUUCAGGUCCUCUCCAUAGCAACCGAUGGGAAACAUUUGAUGACCUUCAGAACUCAGUGUCCUCUGGUCUUACCCAAAGAGCACGGUUUUCUUCUGGACCACUCACCCGAGAGGACAAGCUGUCAGGCGUCGGCACCACGCUGCAAGGAGGAAGCCACUGUUAGGGAAUAGAAGGGAAGCUGCCCACUCUUCUUCCAGUGCCCUUGGUAUCCCCAUCACAAGACCAUUGUGCAGACAAACUCCUAAUGGGGUAGCUGCUUUGAGUAAGAUGUUCCAGCCUCUGUAUCCAGCACCGGGCACCGGGGCAGGUGGCGGCAACAGGGAGAAUGCACUCCAUCCAUCAGGCACGGCAUAGUUCAAAUUACCGAGUCAGCAUGAAAAGUCCCACUCUAAAUGGACUGAAAUUAGGUUCUAUUAAAAACCACAGGCAGCAAUGCCUUCAGCUAUUAAUAUUUGCUAAGACAUCGGAGAGGGAGAGGAGGGAAGAGGCCUCUGAAGAAGGUUGGGCUGCAGCUGCUGGUGAUAGGAGACCUACACUGGCCUGUUUUUGAAGUCUCAAAGAAUGUUAGGCGUGGAAGGAAGCGUGAAGUGAAAUAGCUCUACCCUCUUAUACACACACACACACACACACACACACACACACACACACACGAAUGGUCAAAUCCAGUUUGUUGACCUAUCCAAGGUCACACAGCUGGUAAGCAGUUCAGUCAGAACUG